CCAGUUCCUAACAGACAGCGGAUCGCCAGUUCUCAACUGCAUCAGACCGGAGAGUCAGUCAUCCCACGAUCGUCGAGAGCACAACCAGAGACCGGCGGUCUAUCGGUCUAUACGUCGUGCGUCGCGCUAUUCGCGGUGUAUUCCGAAGUGAACCUGUGAAAUGGUGCGUUGAUUUUUUCGCGAAAUUCUUCUAGUGCUCUUUAACCAUGCUUACCCUCACGGUGAUCUUGAUCACCCUAUCCGCCAUCCGUUGCGAAGACAAGUACUUGUUCAAAGAUCAAAAAAUUCCGGAUGAUCCCUGUUACGAUGAGGACCGUCCUAAGUCUUGCGUGCCGGAGUUUGUCAACGCAGCUUUCGGGAUGAACGUUAAAGCCUCGUCCACUUGUGGAGUUGUCGCACCUGUACACUAUUGCGAAUCGACGGAAGCUGGAGCGACACCACAGUGUCACAUUUGUGACGAUCGUCAACCGAAGACGAGAUUCCCAGCUUCUUAUCUGACAGAUCUGAAUAAUCCUAGUAAUAUGACUUGUUGGAGGUCUGAACCAUUACCUCCAGCUACAUCUAUAGAUGCUCCGCCAGAUAAUGUCACCCUUACCUUGAGUCUGGGGAAGAAAUACGAGCUAACGUAUGUCAGUCUACAAUUUUGUCCUCACACUCCGAAACCGGACUCGAUCGCCAUAUUCAAAAGUAUGGAUUACGGGAAGACCUGGCAGGCUUUCCAGUUUUACUCCAGCCAAUGCAGGAGAGUUUACGGGAGACCAAACAGGGCCACCAUUACGAAAGCGAACGAGCAAGAAGCUAGAUGUACAGACGCCCAUCGUUACACCGGAGGUGACAGCUUAGGCUUCGGCCAAACCCCGAGGAUCGCUUUCAGCACCUUGGAAGGGCGUCCCAGCGCCAUGGACUUCGACGUCUCCUCAGUCCUGCAAGACUGGGUGACGGCGACCGAUAUAAAGGUCGUUUUUAAUCGUCUCCACAUGCCGGUGUCGGACAACCUAGACUUACCCCCGAUCGACGAGCAUUUGUUGUCGGGCAAAGACGAGUACUUCACGAAAGAGCCUUCCGUUCAGGUUGUGAACGAGAUGCAAGCCUUCGAAACGGAUGAUCCGAAGACGGGUGCGAACACGAUCAUGAACACGUUUCAGCAACAGCAUCAGGUGACCCAUCAGUAUGCGGUGGCGGAUCUGUCGGUAGGCGGUAGAUGCAAAUGCAAUGGACACGCGAGCCGUUGCGUUGUCGGUAAGGAUGGACAGUUGGCCUGCGAGUGUAAGCACAACACGGCUGGAAGAGAUUGCGAGAGAUGCAAGCCGUUCCAUUUCGAUCGGCCUUGGAGUAGGGCUACGUCUAGGGAUGCCAACGAAUGUAAAGCAUGCGAGUGUAACCAACACGCACGACGGUGUCGCUUCAACAUGGAACUCUACAAGUUGUCGGGAAGGGUCUCGGGAGGAGUGUGCCUGAAAUGUCGACAUUUCACAGCUGGAAGGCAUUGUCACUACUGCAGAGAAGGAUACUACAGAGAUCCCAACAAACAGAUUACCCAUCGAAAAGCUUGUAAACCUUGUGACUGUCAUCCCAUAGGAGCUUCAGGGAAAACUUGUAAUCAAAAUAGCGGACAAUGUCCUUGUAAAGAUGGAGUUAUAGGAAUAACUUGCAACAGAUGUGCCAAAGGAUAUCAGCAGAGUCGAUCACAUAUAGCACCAUGCAUCAAAAUUCCAGUAGUUCAAAUGAUGGCAACAGAAGAAGAAGAUGACGGAUAUGGUGGUGAGAAUCCUGACUCAAAUGGAGGAGCUGAAGGCAAUGGUGAUACAUGUGGAAAAUGCAAAGCUGCGACGAGGAGGCUGAACUUGAACAAAUAUUGUAAAAGAGAUUUUGCCAUCAUGGCGAGAGUUUUAUCUCACAUCGACAAUAGCGAAGAUGAACACACCAAAGGAUGGGUUCGAUUUAUGAUUUACGUAGAAUAUAUUUAUAAGAAGAAUAGAGAUUCACGAAUCCGAAAAGGUACGAUGAUUAUGGUUGUACCUGAAACAGACCUCAACUGUAAAUGUCCGAAAAUUAAGGAUGGAAAACAAUACUUGUUCCUGGGAAGGGAGAAAGAUGAUUCGCCAGGGGGCACCAUAUCUGGCAACUUAGGGAUCACCCAGCGAUCUAUUGUUAUCGAAUGGAGGGACGAAUGGGACCAGAGAAUGAGAAGAUUUAGACGUAGAGCCAGGAAAUGCAACUGAAUUUCCCUUUCCUAGUUGAGAAUGUUCAGCUUAAAAAAACAAUCGACGUAUUCUGUAAAAUCGAAUGAUGAGCUGACAGUUUUACUGUGAUUUAUGUAUGUCGUAUUUCAGUAUUCUGAAUUUUUGAAAUUCCGAGGGAGCUUCUCAAGUAACCUAACAAUGCACUGUACCAAAUGCAUUUUUAUAGUGACUAUUGGUUAAUCUCCAAUUAUUUAUUAGACAACAGCUGUAACUUCCAUGUUUUAUAUUAUGUAAAUAUUUUUCGUCUUGAGAUAAAUGUCUAUUAGUGUUUAAAUGAUUUAUUUAUUUUACUCAGAAGUGAAUGUUGAGUGGUAGAGAACCGAAUAAUAGUCAUUCAUUUGAAAAUUUUAUUUAUUGUGUAUUUCUCUACAAAAUAUAUUCUUCUCAACUACUUCAUCAGAUUAUGAAAAUUGAAAACAUUUUUUGAUCGUACAAAAUCGAAUAAUUUCGAUAGUUUAAUUCAGAUUACUAAAUUAUGUAUUUUCUAUUCUUGCCGUAAAUAUAUAUCUAACAAUUAAUAAUGCACAAAUUUAGCCAUUCACGUAAUGUUUACAAUAACUUCAUAAUAAAAAUCUCAUUGAAAAUUACUCACUUCUAUUACUUUUGAAAAAUGGUCCCCAAAGUUCUGAUAUAAUUUCUCAUGUACUUAAUGAUUUUUCCCUUUCCAUACUCCAGUAAUGUACUUUAGACAUGAGUUGUUGAAAUGGAUGACUAUUCUGAAUUUCUGUGAGUGGUAAAGACUGAAUGGGAAGAAAUUAGGAUAAGAUUGUACAGUAUUAAAAAGGCAGCAUGGAUAAGAUAGCAAUUAUAUAGAUACAACUCCUAGAAUGUUAUAACCUAUUCGAAAUUUCAAAUCUUAUUAUUGUCGUAGGUAUACAUAAUUAUAAGGCAUAUACCUAGUUCCUAGCGGAUAACAUUCAAUAAUAUCUUCAUGUUCUAGAAAUAUUUAUACUCAAUUGUAGACUUUAGACUAGGUAUUUCGAUGUUGUUAACAUAUCAAAUUUUAACGUGUUCCAGCAAUACUGUAACAUAACCUGCUGCAUGAUGUCAUGAUGUUCGAACUAUAAUCUAUUCCUGCCAUUAUUUUCAAUCAGUUUCUCGAAUUCAUCCAGAAAUGUGACGUGAAAUAUUAUGAUUCAGAAAUUUCAAGUACCCAUACCUACUUUCAUUGAUCAAAUACGUAACAAUUUGCCUAUACCCUUUCAAACUAUAACUCACUCUACUUACUAUUUACGUCACAUUCCUGAAAAAUUCUUGCACAAAUAAUUUUUGUUAGUCUGUUUUGAGAUACCUCAACUUUUUGGAAUAAUUCGAGUCAUAUGGAUCAAUUUGAAGUUAUGAAUUGUAAAUUAAUUGUGUACCUUCCAUUCAAUAAAGAUUACAAUACCUACACAA